AGGGUAGAGAAAGAGGGAUUGUCAUGUGCCAUUGUGGCGCAUCCGAGGAGCGAAUCGGCUACACUUUCUGUGCAGAGGUGGGAUUUCUCAACGUUGCUUUCACUGCACUUAGUUAGAGUUUGGGAACCUGUUGCAUGUUUGAGAUCUCUCCCCAGAAAAUGAUGGCAGCAAAGGCACUGAAAGCGCUCUGGGAGAUGAAAAAUGGAUUGAUUCUUUUAUUCACUCCAUUAGUGUUCUUACCUCUUCCUCUGGUCAUCGAGACCAAGGAGGCAGCCUGUGGAUAUAUCAUUGCACUGAUGGCGGUGUACUGGUGCACUGAGGUGCUGCCGCUAGCCGUCACUGCCUUACUUCCAGUUAUUCUCUUCCCUCUCUUCGGCAUCAUGGAGUCCAAAGACGUGUGCAUGCAGUACCUGAAAGACACCAACAUGUUGUUUGUGGGGGGUCUCAUGGUGGCCGUUGCUGUGGAGCACUGGAACCUUCACAAGCGCAUUGCCCUGCGGGUCCUCCUGCUGGUGGGAGUCCGGCCGGCGCUACUAAUGCUGGGCUUCAUGGGUGUGACGGCCUUCCUUUCCAUGUGGAUCAGCAACACGGCCACCACGGCCAUGAUGGUGCCCAUCGUGCAGGCCGUGCUGGAGCAGCUGAACCGUGGACCCCAGGGGGGAGAGGAGAGGAGCACCCCCCUGUCCAAGGCCGGAGAGAAGCCAGCGGAGACCGAUGGACAAGUGGUGAUGAAUGGGAUGUCUAUGGAGAUGGAGCACGAGGUGCAAAGGGAGAAAGAGGAGCAGCUGAGGAUGUGUAAAGGCCUGACGUUGUGUGUAUGCUACGCGGCCAGCAUCGGCGGCACCGCCACGCUCACGGGCACCGGCCCCAACCUGGUGCUCAGCGGCCAGAUGAGCCAACUCUUUCCAGACAACGGUGAUGUCCUUAACUUUGCCUCCUGGUUCGCCUUCGCCUUUCCCAACAUGAUCAUCAUGCUCAUCUUUGCCUGGCUCUGGUUGCAGUGUGUCUUCAUAGGGUUCAAUUUCAGGAAGACGUGGGGCUGUGGAGUGGAUAAGUCUGAGAAGGAGGUGGCUGCCUACAACGUGAUCCGUGAGGAGCACAAGAGGCUAGGGACCAUGUCGUUCGGCGAGGUCAGCGUUCUGUUCCUCUUUGUGCUCCUGGUGGUGCUGUGGUUCACGCGGGAGCCAGGCUUCAUUGAUGGCUGGGCAACCAACCUGUUUAACUCCGAGAAAGAGUAUGUGACAGAUGCCACGGUGGCCGUGUUCGUGGCCGUGCUGCUGUUUGUCCUGCCCUCCAAACCGCCCCGCCUCUUCUGUUUUGGAUCACGCAGUUUUGACCUUGACUCUCAGUGUCCCCGUGAAGCCAACCCUGCCCUCCUCACCUGGAAGGUGACGCACAAGAAGAUGCCCUGGAGCAUCGUGCUCCUGUUGGGAGGAGGCUUUGCGCUGGCCCAGGGCAGUGAGAAUUCAGGUCUGUCCACGUGGCUGGGCAAUCAGAUGACCCCACUUCAGACCAUCCCCCCCUGGGCCAUCUCCAUCAUCCUCUGCCUCCUCAUUGCCGUCUUCACCGAGUGCACCAGCAACGUGGCCACAGCCACCCUGUUCCUCCCCAUCCUCGCCUCCAUGUGCAAGUCCAUCAAGGUGAACCCUCUGUAUGUGAUGAUCCCCUGCACCCUCAGCUCAUCCUUCGCCUUCAUGCUGCCAGUGGCCACACCACCCAACGCCAUCGUCUUCUCCUACGGCUACCUAAAAGUGUCUGAUAUGGCCAGAACAGGGUUGGUGAUGAACAUCAUCGGCAUCCUGUGCAUCUCUUUGGCCAUUAACAGCUGGGGUGGAGCCAUGUUCAACCUGGACACCUUCCCAAGCUGGGCCAACACUACCACCAACUCCACUGCAAUCUGAGAAAGAGAGAGAGAGAGAGAGAGAGAGAGAGAGAGAGAGAGAGAGAGAGAGAGAGAGAGAGAGAGAUUGAUGGAGAGAGAAGGCAAGGGAUACAGCUCGCAC